AUGACAACGAAUACAAAUGAAGUAUUAUGUUGGUUAAGAGAAUUUAAAUAUUCUUGGUUACCACAAAAUAUUUCCAAUGAUACUCAAUUAUAUGCUAUAAUUACAGAUAAAUUAAUCGAACUUGAACAUAUAUUAAAUCAAAAUAGUCCAAGUGAAGAUGAAUUAUCCGUAUCUGCUGAAUAUCAUUUUGAUAGAUUAAAUGAUAUAGAUGAAGCUGUUCUUUCGACUCAACAAGCACCAGAACGAUCAUUACCGACGCCACCAGAUUUACAAAAUCAAACAGAUAAUGAAGUUGAUGGUCAAGAAAAACUUUGUCGACCAACUAUCCGUCUAAAACGUAUUCCAUUAGAUGAAGCUGCAUGUUACAUGCCUGAAACUUGGAAUACUCCAAAAUCAAGACGUGGUCGUAAGAAAAAAAGAGGUCGAAAGAAAUUAUCAACAAUUAAUUCCGAUGGAAAAAAAACCCGUAAACCUAGAGUACACGUGCCAUCAACUCAGCAUGAAACUACAAAUGAUUUAACCAACGUACGAAAAUCAACACGUUCAAAAAAACUUUCGAAACAUGAAUCAACAUCAUCUUUCAUAAGUACUCAAUCAACAAAUGGUACUAAAACAAAAGGCAAACGAAAAUUACGUGCAAUUGAUGCGGAAGAUGACGAUUUAUAUACAUUAGGUAAUUUAUCUCAAACAAUUAAUGGAAAUAAUGACAUUGAUUGCGAACAAAUAUCACGUUAUAUUGGACAAAAUGGUAUAUUAUCACAAACACGUAAAACUAAUGAAACAACAAUAACAACAACAACAUUUGAGGAUGAUUUUUCAAUGAAAUUACAAUCAAAAAAAGAUGAAAUCUUAUCAACAGAAUUUAAUCAAAAUUCAAAUGAUGAUGCAACUAUGACAACAGCGACAUCAGAUACAUCAAUAGAUAAUUCAAUGAAUAUUCUUGGAGGUAAUGGUACAACACUCGACGAAGUUGAAGUUUUACGAGAAGUAAUGGAAAAUAAUGAUAAUGAAUCAUUAUUUACAUCAAUUAAUAAAACAUAUGAAACAAAUACAAUUUUAAAUAAUAAUUCAAUUAUUAAUUAUGAUAAUUGUAUUGAAGAUAUAUCAAAUGAUGGUAUUGAUCCUCCUCCAUCAUCUUCAUCACCUAAUUUACCUCAUUGUCCUGUAAUAACAUAA